CGCCAUUCGAGGUAGUUGCCGGAGGCUGCUUUUACCUUGGCGUGUCGGGCCUCCUCAUCUUCGGUCGACUCGUGCGGUGUUCGCGCAACCGGUUCUGAGAGGCACGCACGCACUACAUACCUAACGACAGUGAGAGUGAGAGACCGUCUAUGCCUACUCGAUGCAGGCUUCGAUUCAUGCUUCUGCAGCACUUGUACAGCAACAGUAUCGGAACAAAUGCAAGAGAUAAGUGCCUCAACCAACACAAACUUCUAAUUUCAGCAAUUAGAUCCCACCUUCGCCUGUUUCCCCCCGCCUCACUAGAAACUCAUCACCACAUCGUCACAAUGGCCGCAGCGCCCUCGUCUUCCGCGAGCAAGCCACCGACCGCCUUCCCAGCGGACGGAUUUCCGGAACUGUACCCGCUCGCGGACCACCGGUACCCACCGGGCGCGGAGACCACCCUGCGCGGCUCCGGGCGCUACCAGACGAGAAAAAAUUUGUUCUUUCUCCCCAAGGAACCACACAAACUGAAGGGACCGACGGUGGAGAACACCAUCGACCAAAGGUAUUUGAAGCACGGUCGUGUAGAUGUGCCUUUGGCUGCUCCUCUACAGCAACCUUUUGGUCGUCGUUGUUGUGUGAGACAGGAUGAAUUUGGAUUUCACACUGCAAGAGUUUCGAUUCGAAUGUAGUUUCUCUCGUUCCCUCCAGAGAACUUUGUUCUUGAUGCGAACACACAUGAUCUUCCAAAAAAUCACAGACCCGCGGGCGUCACAACGCAACAAUUUUCGGAUACCAACAUGGCAAAUUUGGUGGGUUACAAGGAUCAGUAUUGGAAAUUGGAAGUUGCGGAGAAUCCGGAACGCGUGAAACGACAUGAUAUUGUCACCAACGUAUUUUUCAACUUUUGUGGUUGAAGGCGAUUGCAUGAAAUACAUAGUGCUUGGACCGGUGCAUGAGAAAUUAAGGUAUUUCUGGCUGUUAUGCAAUACGAAAAAAUCGUAGGAAUCGAUAUGCAAUUAUACAACAGAAAAUGUACCCGCCCGAGCCAUAUGAAAUGCAAAAAUGUCUGGGUCUGGAAGAGUGCCGCGUUUGUCAUGCAUAUUUUGCAUGACCCAUGAGGUCUGGUAUGCAGGACAUAGCAUGACAGAUUCUGUGAGCGUUCUAUCAUGCCUAUCCUGCAUGAGAAACUGCCUCUCGAUAUAGGUCAAAAGCGAACAGCUUUUGGGAAUCAUGCAACACAGAUUUUUAUAUGAUUGAGAUUUAGCAUGACAGAUUGCUUUGUCGCGCAGUCUGUUAAGCAUGACAGAUUGCUUUGUUCCAGACCCAGACAUUUUUACAUUUGAUAAGCCAUUUCGGCCUGCAAGAGAAGUCCCGAUCGUCCCAAUUCCGAAAAUGGACCAGAAAGGGCGCGUGCUCAAUUUCAACGCGAGCGAAUACCGCGAGGGGUAUUAAGAAAAGCGGGGACCACGACGAGAGGAAACAGAAUCUGUAAAAUGCAUGAAGCGCUAGUAGAGCGGCGCUUAGUUAGUUUGGGAUUUUUACUAUCGGCUUCUGGACUUUGUUGUUAAACGUUUGUACAAUACGAAUUUGUUUGACUCUUCUCUACUAAAGGAGCUCCUGCUAACAGCAGAAAGCUCUAUGAACUGGGAAUGAGCUCUCUGACAUCUGUUGGACAAUAAACCACUUGUACGAUGUUAUUUGAGUUGAGGAGAUGAAGCUAAAAGUACCAAAUAAACAAAAGAAAAGUUCUCCCAGCAGAACGCAG